AUGCAUUUGCACCAGGUGCUCACCGGGGCCGUCAACCCGGGCGACAAUUGCUACUCGGUGGGCAGCGUCGAGGACACCCCGUUCACGGCAUAUGGCUCUGGAUGUGAUAUUGUUAUACUGGCGAAUGACUUUGAAUGUGUGCAAAUUAUUCCUGGUGCUAAACAUGGAAACAUCCAAGUCAGCUGUGUCGAAUGUUCUCAAGAAGGACGGAUUGCCGCCUCUUAUGGAAACGCCGUGUGUAUUUUUGAGCCCCUUGGGGUAAAUUCUCAUAAGAGAAAUUGUCAACUGAAGUGUCAAUGGCUGAAAACGGGGCAGUUUUUCCUCAGUUCGAUGACCUUCAACUUGGCGUGGGACCCUCAAGGUAACCGGCUGCUGACAGCAACAGAUUUUUUGCAAUUAUGGGCCCCUCCGUCUAGUGAUAUCCUAGAAGAGGAGGAGGAAGAGGAGGAGGAAGAAGAUAAUCCUGACAUUGCGGUCAAAGAUGAUAAAACCCAUCCUGUUCUAAAUGACUGGAAAUGUGUCUGGCACUGCAAGACGGCAGUGUCCGUUCAUCUGAUGGAAUGGUCCCCGGAUGGUGAAUAUUUCGCAACAGCUGGGAAGGACGAUUGUCUUCUAAAGGUCUGGUACCCAAUGACUGGCUGGAAGUCGUCCCUCCUCCCCCAAGAAGGCGCCGAACCGAGGAAGUCCUCCACGCCGGUGCAUUUCGCCUUUGUGUACCUGGCACACCCGCGCGCAGUGACCGGGUUUUCAUGGCGAAACACUAGCAAGUUUAUGCCCAGGGGGUCCGUUUGCAACGUGCUGCUGACUUCGUGCCAUGACGGCAUUUGCCGGCUGUGGGCAGAGACGGUUUUACCCGAAGACACUCUUCUGGGGGAGCAGAUCUGUGAGACCAGCACGUCCAGCAUCAGUAGCAGCGCAAGCGUUUCUCACUCUGGGAGGCACAAAGACAACAUUCAGCACGCUUUAGAGACAAUCCACCAUUUGAAAAAUAUGAGAAAGGGUCAGCGAAGAUCUUCGGUACUUAUCACUCACACGGAAGAUUUACCCAAUCAGCUGGGAACACAUGAAGUUCAGCGCCACAUUUCGCACCAGGCAAAUGCCCUCUGCCAUUUCCACAUCACAGCAAGCAUUAACCCCAACACAGACAUUCCACCUGCUUUGGUUAAGACUGCUUUUAAUUUAGAUGAAGGAACAGAAGGCUUCGUGGUUCAUUGGCUGAAUAACAAAGAAUUCCAUUUUACCUCCUCGACUGAAAUAUUUAUGCGACAUCUUCGAGAACUUACUGACCAGCAGAUGAGAAAAGCAGAAGAGGAUGUUUAUGAUGAAGAGAUGGAGGAGGUGAAAGAGAGAGGCUUGCUCAUGAAACUUGAUCAUGAAUUGUCUCUAGAUAGAGAAUCUGAGACGGGGACGGGGACAGGUUCCUCCGACCACGAAGACGGGGAAAGAGAAGGUAGCCCCAAAAUCCUUUCGCCGGCCGCCUCGCCCAUGCCGCUACCGACUGUCUUGUUAGACCGAAAAAUCGAAUUGCUGCUGAAGGAGUGGAAUAAGAAUCCGGACAUGCUCUUCACAAUUCACCCUAUAGAUGGCACCUUUUUAGUCUGGCAUGUGAAGUAUUUGGACGAGUACAAUCCGGGGAUCUUUCGGCAAGUUCAGGUUUCAUUUUCUUCUCAGAUACCAGUUGCAUUUCCGUCAGGUGAUGCCAGCUCCCUUAGUAAAAACAUCAUGAUGUACGCCUGCACUACCUCUGCGAAAGAAACGGGCACCGUACCACUCCAGAAGAGAGAGAGCAUUUCAGAGAGUUUGUCUGGCUGGAGACCCAGCUGUACCCAGGACAGCGCCAACGUGAACAUUACGGUGCCCACGGUCAUGAUGGUCUCCAAACACAUAGACGGCUCCCUAAACCAGUGGGCGGUUUCUUUUGCGGACAGGUCCGCGUUUACCACCGUGCACACCGUGACCCACAAGUUCAGGUACUGUGGGCACCGCUUCCAUCUCAACGACCUCGCUUGCCACUCGGUGCUGCCGCUGCUGCUGACAUCUUCCCACCACAACGCCCUCCGAACCCCCGACUCCGGUCAGCCGUGGGACUCGGAGGGGUUAAGCAAAAUGGCGGAUCCCAUGAGACAUCUGAAAUGCACUUCCCGGCAGCAGCUUCGGAACGCCGCGACGCGCACCUUCCACGAUCCAAACGCCAUCUACAGUGAACUGAUCCUGUGGCGCGUGGACCCCAUUGGGCCGUUGUCCUACACCGGAGGGGUAUCGGAGCUGGCUCGCAUUAAUUCUCUCCAUACCUCAGCUUUCUCGAACGUGGCCUGGCUCCCAACCCUUAUUCCUAGCUACUGUCUGGGUACGUACUGCAACUCUGCCAGCGCUUGCUUUGUAGCAUCAGAUGGCAAAAACCUGAGGCUGUACCAAGCAGUGGUGGACGCACGGAAGCUUUUGGACGAGCUGAGUGACCCUGCAUCUUCUAAACUCAUUGGGGAAGUGUUUAACAUUGUGAGCCAACAAUCAACUGCUCGACCUGGAUGCAUUAUUGAACUAGAUGCCAUAACUGACCAGUGUGGGUCAAACACCCAGCUGCUCCACGUCUUCCAAGAGGACUUCAUUUUGGGAUACAAACCACAUAAGGAAGAGGUAGAGCUGAAGGAUUCGGAGAUAUUUUUCCAGCCAUCGAAAGGUUAUCGGCCACCACCCUUCUCUGAAAAGUUUUAUCUAAUUGUAAUUGAAAAAGACUCCAAUGGCUGCUCUAUACUUCACAUGUGGCACCUGCAUCUUAAAUCUGUGCAAGCGUGUGUAGCAAAAUCCGCUGAAAUUCAAUCGUCAGGAAACCAGCUAAGCAUACCUGGGCAACAGACUGUGGAGUCCUCUCCAGAUACCUCACCUGGUGCAACUCCGAUGCCACGUUCUUCAUCCGUUGCUAAUCUUCAGACAGCUAGUAAACUUAUUUUGAGUUCAAACCUGGUCUAUAGUUACCCACUGGAUCUUCCGGUUGGUGUAGAAGUUGUACGAGCUACUCCUUCUGCAGGUCACCUGAGCUCUUCAUCGAUUUAUCCCGUCUGCCUCGCCCCUUACCUGCUGGUGACGUCCUGUUCGGACAACAGAGUGCGGUUCUGGAGAUGUUCCGUAGAGACAUUGGUGAACAGCAGAAGUGAAUCGAAGGAGACCUAUCACUGGAAGAAGUGGCCUUUGAUGAAUGACGAGAGAGACGACGAUAGCAGCACAGUGUCCAUUGUUGGCAGGCCGGUGGCCGUCAGCUGUUCCUACACAGGGCGCUUAGCCGUGGCGUACAAGCAGCCGGUCCAACCCAACGGCUUUGUUUCCAAAGAGUUUUCUAUGCACGUGUGUAUAUUUGAAUGUGAGUCGACCGGAGGAUCGGAAUGGGCUUUGGAACAGACAAUCCACCUGGAUGACCUGGUCAAAGUCGGGAGCGUCCUUGAUUCAAGGGUUAGUGUGGACAGUAAUUUAUUUGUGUACAGUAAGUCGGAUAUAUUUUUGAACAAAGACCGGUGCCAUAUGCCAAACAUCAAGCAUUUGGUGCACUUGGACUGGGUCUCGAAAGAAGACGGCUCACAUAUCCUCACAGUCGGCGUUGGCGCAAAUAUUUUCAUGUAUGGCCGGCUCUCGGGCAUCGUGACGGAGCAAACCAGCAGCAAAGAUGGCGUCGCUGUCAUUACUUUACCACUAGGUGGUAGCAUAAAACAAGGUAUAAAGUCCAAAUGGGUGCUACUGAGGUCGAUAGACUUGGUUUCUUCUGUAGAUGGCACCCCUUCGUUGCCCGUUUCUCUCUCUUGGGUGAGAGAUGGGAUCCUGGUGGUGGGAAUGGAUUGCGAAAUGCACGUCUACGCGCAGUGGAAGCACGUCAUGAAGUCGGGAGACAGCGAAAACGACGGCUUUCUCUACGAAGACUCCCCCAUGCAAGAUCCACUGAAGACUAGUUUGACGGGCAAGAAGACCAGCAUCAUUGACGGAGCAGGCGUGGUGGAUGACGUUUUUGGAACUCCCACUGUGAUUCAAGAUGGCGGCCUUUUCGAAGCCGCUCACGUCCUUUCUCCCACCCUACCGCAGUACCAUCCGACCCAGUUGUUGGAACUAAUGGACCUGGGUAAAGUUCGCCGGGCCAAAGCCAUUCUUUCGCAUCUCGUGAAAUGCAUUGCAGGGGAAGUCGCCAUUGUGAAAGAUCUUGAAUCCGCCGACGGCGGCUCUAAACGCCAUCUUUCCCGUACCAUCAGCGUGAGUGGCAGCACCGCAAAGGACGCAGUCAGUAGCGGGAAGGACGGCACGCGGGACUAUACGGAGAUAGAUUCUAUUCCUCCGCUGCCAUUGUAUGCCCUGCUUUCGGCGGAUCAGGAUUCCACGUACAAAAUUGAAGAAGCUACGAAAAGGCCGCCAGGCCUGGAAGAUCGUACCAAAAGGAAAACGGAAGAUCAGUACUCGGACCUUUUCCAGAUCCAGCAGGUCACAACGGAUGACUUCAUUGAUUUUGAGCCAGAACGGAGAGAGCAUAAAUCCAAAGUUAUCAAUCUGUCUCAGUACGGGCCGACUUAUUUUGGCCAAGAACACGCUAGUGUUCUUUCAAGCCAUCUAAUGCACUCAAGUUUACCGGGACUCACUCGCCUGGAGCAGAUGUUCUUGGUUGCCUUGGCAGACACUGUGGCCACAACAAGCACUGAACUUGAUGAAAACAGAGACAAGCAUUACUCAGGGAGAGACACCUUAGAUGAGUGUGGCUUGCGUUACUUAUUAGCUAUGCGUUUACAUACAUGCCUCUUGACGUCCCUGCCCCCUUUAUAUCGUGUUCAGCUACUCCAUCAAGGUGUUUCUACAUGCCACUUUGCCUGGGCUUUUCAUUCCGAGGCGGAGGAAGAGUUAAUCAACAUGAUUCCUGCAAUUCAAAGGGGAGACCCCCAGUGGUCUGAGCUAAGAGCGAUGGGUAUAGGCUGGUGGGUCAGAAAUAUUAACACGCUCCGAAGGUGCAUGGAAAAGGUUGCAAAAGCCGCCUUUCAGAGAAACAAUGAUGCCUUGGACGCUGCGCUUUUUUACCUUGCAAUGAAGAAAAAAGCAGUGGUGUGGGGUCUGUUUCGUUCUCAGCACGACGAGAAAAUGACACAGUUUUUUAGCCAUAAUUUCAGCGAAAGCAAAUGGCGAACGGCAGCUUUGAAGAAUGCCUUCGCUUUGCUGGGGAAGCAACGCUUUGAACAAUCAGCUGCCUUCUUUUUAUUAGCCGGCUCAUUAAAGGAUGCUAUAGAGGUGUGCCUUGAGAAAAUGGAAGACAUCCAGUUAGCGACGAUCAUCGCUCGUUUAUACGAGUCAGAGUUUGAGAUAUCCUCCACCUAUACAGCCAUCCUUUACGAAAAGAUUUUGGGCUGUGAGAAAGACGGAAAUGGAUUCAGCUGUACAAAACUGCACCCCGACCCUUUCCUGCGAAGCCUGUCCUACUGGGUGAUGAAAGAGUACACCAGAGCACUCGACACUUUACUGGAGCAAACACCGAAGGAAGACGACGAAAAGCCAGUCAUCGUCAAAUCCUGCAACCCUGUGGUGUUCAGCUUCUACAACUACCUUCGUACCCAUCCCUUGCUCAUCCGAAGAAACUUUUGCUCGCCCGACGGGACUUUAGCCACGCUAGGCCUGCAAGCGGAGAAAAGCUUUGUGGACAAAAUCAACCUGAUUGAGAGGAAGCUGUUUUUCACGACUGCGAACGCUCAUUUUAAAGUGGGGUGUCCCGUUUUAGCGCUGGAGGUCCUUUCCAAGCUGCCCAGCGUGAGCAACAAAUCCAUUCUUCAUAUGAAGAGGGAGGAAGCCAGCCCAAGUCCGACCGUGCAGAACGGCAUGAAACUGGAGGCGAAGAUGUUGGGCGACAGCACUGCGCCGGAUUUUCCGUGUCCAACCGAAUCCUCGGCCCUCGUUGACUGGAGUCAGCCAGCGAUCACAUUUGAGGAUGAACCUCUGCAGCUUGACUGGGGGGAAGACCAGAACGGUUCUCAGGAGGAGGAGGAGGAUGGCUUGACCAUGAAGGAUUCGAAAUCAGGACCGGAGAGCACAAAGCGAGAUGAAAAGAUCGCCGACGCCACUCCAGGCAAGGACGCGGGUGGCGACGAAAUGGAAGUGGACGUGAUCGCCGAGCAGCUCAAGUUCAGGGCCUGCCUCAAGAUCCUCAUGACGGAACUCCGCACGUUGGCGACGGGUUACGAGGUGGACGGCGGGAAGCUGCGAUUCCAGCUCUACAACUGGCUGGAGAAAGAAAUCGCCGCCCUGCACGAGAUCUGCAACCACGAAGCCCGCGAGAAAGACGACGCCCAAGCCGACGGCAAGAUUAACGGGGACCUCCUGGGUCACGAACAAGCGGCGGAGAAGCCGGAGGUGGGCCCGUACGAGCGGCAUCAGAUGGAACGGCGGCGGUUGCAGGCGAAGCGCCAGCACGCCGAGCGGAGGAAGUGGUGGCUGCAGAGGAACCAGGCCCUCCUCCGCGUUUUCCUCAGCUACUGCAGCCUUCACGGGGCGCAGGGCGGCGGCCUCGCGUCCGUGAGGAUGGAGCUCAAGUUUCUGUUGCAAGAAUCGCAGCAGGAAACUACCGUCAAGCAGCUUCAGUCGCCGCUUCCAUUACCCACAACGUUGCCGUUACUCUCAGCCAGCAUUGCUUCAACAAAGACGGUUAUAGCCAAUCCCGUGCUCUACUUAAACAACCACAUCCAUGAUAUCCUUCACACGAUCGUGCAGAUGAAAACACCGCCACAUCCUAAUGUGGAAGAUGUGAAGGUGCACACCCUCUACUCAUUAGCGGCUUCCCUUUCUGCAUCUAUUUACCAAGCUUUGUGCGACAGCCACAGCUAUAGCAGUCAAACAGAAACGAAUCAGUUUACAGGAAUGGUUUACCAGGGACUGCUACUAAGCGACCGUCGCAGGCUGAGGACAGAAAGCAUUGAAGAACACGCCACGCCAAAUUCGUUGCCUGCUCAGUGGCCAGGUGUGAGCUCUCUUAUAAACCUCCUAAGUACAGCUCAGGAUGAGGACCAACCCAAGCUCAACGUCUUGUUAUGUGAAGCUGUCAUAGCGGUCUACCUAAGCCUUCUGAUCCACGCUCUCGCCACUAACGCGGGCAAUGAACUGUUUCGGCUAGCGGCCCAUCCUCUGAACAACCGAAUGUGGGCCGCCGUGUUUGGAGGCGGGGUGAAGCUUGUGAUCAAACCGAGGCGGCAGUCGGAAAACAUUCCAGCACCCCCAAUUCCUUCAGAAGAAAUGGAUAAGCAUCGCCGUAGAUUCAACAUGAGGAUGUUGGUCCCGGGGCGACCAGUGAAAGACAACGUUGUCCCUCCACCUGUGCCUGCAGAAAGACCAUCCUACAAGGAAAAAUUCAUCCCUCCGGAACUCAGCAUGCUGGAUUAUUUUGUCGCAAAGCCCUUCCUUCCUUUUUCAGACAGUGGUGUGAUAUAUGAUUCUGAUGAAAGCAUCCAUAGCGAAGAUGAGGAUGAGGAUGCUUUCCUGUCUGAUUUGCAGAUCCUGGAGCACAAGGAUGCCAACUCUUACAGCUGGGCGCUUAUCCAUUUGGCCAUGGUGAAACUUGCUCUGAACAACAUUAAGACCUUUUUCCCCAUUACUGGCUUAGAAAUAUCUGAUCUUCCAGUCACGUCGCCACUGGGUAUUGCUGUGAUAAAAAAUUUGGAGAAUUGGGAACAGAUCCUGCAAGAAAGAAUGGAUCAGUUUGAAGGUCCACCACCAAAUUACAUCAACACCUGUCUCCUUGAACCUGGAAUGGGGGCUGCAGCAGCUGGCGCCCGAUUAAAAGCGAUGGUCGACCCUGAAAACACGCCGUUCAAAUCCAAAGAUUAUUCAGCGCUGCCAGCGAAGAGACUGUGGCAUUUUCUGGUGAAACAAGAUUUAUUGCAAGAUACUUUCAUCCGCUAUACAUUCACCAAGAAGAGGAAGCAAAGUGAGUCGGUAGAAGACCGUGAGGAGCAGGUCACAAAAAACAGCAAAGCAGACGAUGGCAAAAGCAAGGUUGAGGCAGAACUUGGCUACCCUGGGGGGAGAGCAAAAAUUAUACACAAAGAGUCUGAUAUGAUCAUGGCGUUUGCAGUGAAUAAGGCCAACGUCAACGAGAUAGUUCUAGCUUCUACGCAUGACGUUCAGGAACUUGAUGUUUCUGCCCUCUUAGCUGCUCAGCCCUAUAUAUGGAUUGGAGAAGAGUAUGAUCGAGAAUCUAAAAGUUCGGAUGACGUUGACUUCCGGGGUUCCACCACGACGCUCACGCAGUCCAGCACGGCAUCUUUUGCAGUAGCGCAGAUGCAGCCUGCUUCCUCUUUGUCGACUUCGUCUAUGCCGUGGCUAGGCAGUGGGCAAACAAGUACCGGCGCCGGCGUGCUCAUCAAACGGAAUUUGAAUAACGUGAAAAGGAUGACUUCCCAUCCCGUCCAUCAGUAUUACCUUACAGGAGCCCAGGAUGGUAGCGUCCGGAUGUUUGAAUGGACAAGGCCACAGCAGUUGGUGUGUUUCCGACAAGCAGGGAACGCCAGGGUCACUAGAAUGUAUUUUAAUUCUCAGGGCAAUAAGUGCGGUGUAGCUGAUGGAGAGGGAUUCUUGAGUAUUUGGCAAGUGAACCAAACAGCAACGAACCCUAAGCCCUAUCUGAGCUGGCAGUGCCACAGCAAAACCACAAGUGACUUCGCAUUUAUUACCUCUUCGAGUCUAGUAGCCACUUCUGGGCAGUCCAGUGACAAUAGAAAUGUGUGUCUGUGGGACACCUUGGUGUCACCAUCUAAUAGCCUCAUACAUGCCUUCACUUGUCACGAUCAUGGUGCUACCGUGCUUCAGUAUGCACCAAAGCACCAGUUGCUCAUUUCUGGAGGCCGGAAAGGGCACAUUUCCAUCUUCGACAUCCGACAGAGGCAGGCCCUUCACACCUUCCAAGCGCACGACUCCUCCAUCAAGGCCCUUGCCCUAGACUCCUCCGAAGAAUGUUUUUGCACAGGCUCCGCGGAAGGCAACGUGAAGGUGUGGAGACUGGCAGGCUACGGUUUAAUCCACUCCUUUAAACACGAACACGCCAAGCAGUCCAUCUUCCGCAACCUGAGCACGGGGGUCAUGCAGAUUGAAAUGGCCCACGGCAAUCGCAUCUUCUCCUGUGGGGCGGAUGGCACCCUGAAGAUGCGGGUCUUGCCCAACGCGUUCGAAAUCCCUUCAAGCCUUUGUGACAUCCUGUAGACGUUGCUGCUCGAACCCCUUUCUCCGAAGGUUCAACCUUCCAGGGGGAAACGGAGAGUGAUGCCAUGAGCGAUUGAGAAGAGAGGCUACCAUACUUUGCUUUCAGAGUUAUCAUUGCAAUGCUAUAGUUGAAUCCAUGGGAAGGGCAAUGUUUUGACUUCAAAAAAAAAGAACACCCACACAUUUGUAUUGUUUUGAGCACUGCAUCUAUGGAUUGAUGGGAUAGAAAUGCAUGCACUGUUGUCAGAGUUGAUGUCCCAGCGGAGUGAUGCUCUCUGACCCGUGAGCCUUGUUUACUUAAGUCAGCACAGCGAUGCUUGUUCUCCUGCAGUUGCAGCAAAUACCUAAAGUAAGCUCUUUUUUUCUUUUGCCACUCAUUGGAAGCAUGUCUGCCUCUUUUCCCCCGCCAUUUUGAAAAUAAUUUGUCAUGACAAAGGGUAUCCCAAGUGAGUGUGAUUUUAUGUUGUUGUUUAUUCAUUAUUAUUGUUGUUAUUAUUAUUUUGGGUCAUACCACUACAAAAAUGUGAUGACCACACAAUCCAUGGACUAGUGUGCAACAAGGAAUGUACUGUGGGCUACCACGUAUAUUAUUUGAUGCUGAGAUCCUUUUCUCUUCCUCCUCCCCCCCUUCCCCAAGUUAGUAUUAAUGCACAGUUGGUACUGUAAAUUGCACAGAAGCACAUUUCUCAGAACCGGUGGAGUUUUCCUUAAAUUGCACACUUAUUUUUGCUUUUCUAUCUCUUUGGGCAGUAGAUCUUUUGAAACGCACAGGGCUGCCAUUGAAAAUGGAAGCCCUGCGUUGCAUUCAUCUCCCCCCCUCGAUGACUUUUAAGGACAACUUACCUCUAUCCUGUUAUUAUAAUUUUGUGUAUUUCUCCACCUCCCUCUCCACACCACUGUCUGGUGAGGGAAAGGAAUCUACUAAUGUAAUGACGUCAGGAUAAAGUACGUUGUACUACACAUUACGGAGGGCAGGAGCAAAUUCAACACGGUGCUUCCAUUUUCAUUGGUAGCUCCAAGUCUUUCGGAACAUGGAAUUCCUCCCUUUUACUCCUUUACCCCCAUUUUAUUUUCCAUCCUACCUUUUCCAUUAGGAAUGUAUUGUGAGCACUAAGUGUUUGUAGUGAAGAGAAGCCUAUUCCUAGUCAUCCUUUUGGGUUUUGUUUUGUCCAGAAUAAAACAAAACCAAACUUCAUUAAAUAAAGCUGUAGAAGAAACUACUGCUAGACCCCAUCUAAUGCCGCAUUUCAGGUGAAUGUCAGGCGUACAUGUGGCCAGCUAGUAAAUAGUUGACAAGAUUGGUAAUCUCAACUGUUUCCGCAGCAUAUUGUAUAAACUAUGCAGAGGUCAAUAUUGUUUGCUUGUAAUAUACCAGCUAUCGUUUGUCAUAUUUAGAUGUAUUUUUCUCUGUUGUAAACAGGAAAACACAUUCUUACUAAGAUAGCAAAGCUGAUGUCUGUGUAUUUAAAUGUUAACAAAUUGUAAUUCCCCCCCCCCAUGAGAAUUUUGGUGUCUGUGCUGUAUCGUAUAAGAGGGGGGGAAACAGAUGGGAUAAAAUGCACCUUUUGUUUAAAGGCAAUUUUAAUUGCAAGCUGUGAAGUAUGUAUAGGAGAAGAAAGCAAAUGUCAUUUGUUAGUUUUACCUUUGUAAGUUAAAUAAAUUACUUUUAUUUC